UCGUUUGGAACAUUCUUUUCUCAUCCGUCCUUUUCCAGGUCACUAUUGUACCGCUAUUAUUGGAAGAAAAGACAACAUGUACCAAGUCUUUAUGAUAGUGUUUUCCUUAACACAAGCUUGACAUCCGGCGAAAGUUAUGCAUUCCAAAUCCGCUAGGUGUCGACGUCUUUUCCCGUUGGCCGCCACUAAUUCAAUAAUACUCAAAAGUGGCAGUGCGCCUUCUCUUCAAGCACGUGACAAUUCAAGAAAAUGCUUCCAAGGUGUGAAACAUCAACGUGUUUAUCUAGCUGACGCGGGUAUUGCAAGAUAUUUCAAUCUUCUGAUAAUUUCAGUCAUCGACCUCGUGUAACUUUGGACCGGGCAAGGUGCCGUGAAUAGGAAUUCAAUUACUUAACCGACGUGGCCAUACUUAACAUUUAUUUCAACACACAAAAAGAUAUCAAUCAAAAUGGACAACAUGGAUGCUCAUUCGCAAUCGCAACAUGGUGAUAAUACCACCGAAGUACCCAACGAUCCUGGGAAAAUGUUUAUCGGCGGCCUGAGCUGGCAGACGAGCGCCGAGGGUCUACGCGAAUACUUUAGCAAGUUUGGCGAUGUGACGGAAGUCAUGGUCAUGAAAGACCCAACAACUCGCCGAUCCAGGGGGUUCGGGUUCGUGACGUUCGCCGACGCCGCGUCAGUGGACAAAGUGCUGGCUUCAGCCCCUCACGAGCUCGAUGGCAAGAAGAUCGACCCCAAAGUUGCAUUCCCUCGCCGAGCUCACCCCAAGAUGGUCACCAGGACGAAGAAGAUCUUUGUUGGCGGAUUAUCGGCUCCAUCGACGGUCGACGAUGUCAAAGGCUACUUUGAACAAUUUGGACGGGUCGAAGACGCCAUGUUGAUGUUCGACAAGCAAACCAACCGACACAGGGGUUUCGCCUUCGUGACGUUCGAGAGCGAGGACGUGGUGGAUAAAGUCUGCGAGAUUCACUUCCACGAGAUCAACAACAAGAUGGUGGAGUGCAAGAAGGCGCAGCCCAAGGAGGUGAUGCUACCGGUGAACGCGGCACGCGGCAGAGCCGCCACCCUGCGAGCCGGCUACGAUUUGGUCUGGUCCUUGGGCGCGCUACAAGAAGGACUUCCAGCUGCCUACGCUGCCGCCUACGCCGGACGUGGCUACCCGGGCUACGCCAGUUUUGGACUGCCUUAUCCAGCAGGUUAUCCAAGUUAUGGAUAUUUUCCGGCCGCUGCGGCCGGAGCGGGCGGUCCGGCUAAUGGUAUCGCCGGUGGCGGAGGCGGUGGUGGUGGAGGCGGCGGUGGCGGCAGUGGCGGAGGCAACGCGCACGCUGCCGGCCUGAGCGAAGUGUCUCAGCAUCGAAACGGUCCGGCCAGUGCGGGCCAGCCGACGGCAGCCGGCGGAGCGACGUAUUACGAUUACUCUGGCGGUCACGGCCACCACAAUGGCGUCGCUGCCGGCCCGGCCGCCUUCCAUCCGCGCGGCCACCACCUCGACCACCAACACAAUCCUCAUCAGGCCGGUAACAUGGCCAAUUCGCCUUUGCUACGCGAUGCCUACACGGCCCGCUCAGCGAUGAUUAGCAGUUAUCCGCAGAGUUACGUGCCGCAAUCGCAAGUCGGCGGCCGUUCGUUUCCGCCUUCUUUGGCCGCUGGACUCGGCCACGGACACGGCGGUCAUCACAACCCGAACGCGUCGCCCGGACCGGCCGGCGACGUCGGCCUCUACGACGGAUCGUUGCCCGGCUACACGGCGGCCGCCGUGGCCGCCGCCGCCGCCGUUUCUGCCGCCGCUGGAUCGCAUCAGACGGCCAUGGCUAGGUUGUUGUCACAUUCGUUCUCGCAGGGUACGCUGAUUCCGACCCACUACACCAACGGCUACCACUAAACACAUUUUUGCCGA